AUGAUCAUAUCUGGUGUAACAGACCAAGAGCAUCUUGACAACCUAGAAGAAGUUCUCAGUCGACUUAGUGAACAUGGUCUCAGAGCCAACAUCGGUAAGUGCGAAUCUUCAAAGAAAGAAUCGAGUUCUGUGGUCAUGAGAUCAGCAAACUGGGUCUGCACAAGUCCCAACAGAAAGUGAAUGCUGUGAUAAAUGCACCACGUCCUGAGAGUGUUUCCCAAGUUCGUUCCUUUGUUGGUCUUAUUAAUUAUUACCACGAUUUCCUUCCAAACCUUUCUACCUUACUUCAACCACUAAACCAGUUGCUCGAAAAAGAGAGACGGUGGUAAUGGACCUCGGAAUGUGAGCAAGCUUUUCUGAAAGCAAAGGAGUUAAUUGCAUCCGAGGAAGUCCUUGCACAUUAUGACCCUCAACGCCCAAUCAAGUUAGAAUGCGAUGCAUCUCCGUAUGGGUUGGGGGCAGCUUUAACACAAGUCAUGGGUGAUAAUACUGAAUGACCAAUAGCUUAUGCUUCAAGGUCCCUUACAAAAACUGAAAAACUAUUCUCAGAUAGAUAAGGAAGCAUCAUUGGCUUUAGUAUGGGGUGUGAAGAAAUUCCAUACUUACAUAUUUGCACGACAUUUCACUCUGCGAACAGAUCAUAAACCAUUGACAGCAAUUUUCAGUCCAACCAAGGCUAUACCAGCAACGACUGCUGCUCGAGUCCAACGAUAUGCACUAUUCCUUUCAGGGUUUGACUACGAGAUUGAACACCGUAGUUCAACACAGCAUUGUAAUGCAGAUGGAUUGUCCCGUUUACCUCUAGCAACAACUGAAGAUGAAGAAAAUCAGUCUGUUGACCCGGUUGAGGCAUUUCAUGUGUCACAGUUCAGCAUGUUGCCUGUAACUUGGCAGCAAGUACGCAAAGCAACCCAACGAGAUUCUACCCUCGCGCAAGUGUAUGAGCAUGUCAUGAAAGGCUGGCAUGAAAAUAAAGACCCCAACCUGCGUGCGCAACCCUUUUACUCUCGAAGAAACAAACUAACUAUGCACCAAGGAUGUAUUAUGUGGGGGAGCAGAGUUGUCACUCCCACAAAGUUACGAAGCGAAGUGCUACAAGUAUUACACGAAAGUCAUGUUUGUGUGGUUAGAAUGAAAGCUCUGGCUAGAAGUUACGUUUGGUCGUCAGGAAUUGAUUUGGAGAUUGAAAGAAUGCAGUGGUUGCCAGCGGGUUCAACAUGCCCCCAAAUGCUCAACAUUACACCCAUGCGAGUGGCCAUCUACCAGCGGCGGCGGAACAGAUUUCGUUCUGGGGGGGCUAAAUUUUUUCGGCGACCUCACCCCACCCACCCACCCCCCCACCCCCGGUCGCCAAAAAAAUUUCGGUCAUUAGUGUACCACUUUAGGGGUACAAUAUACAAAAAAAGGGACGAAAAAAAUUUUUUCGGACUUAUCAAAAAAAUUUUUCGGAAAUACACUUUUUUUAAACAAAAUAUUGCAAAUUUGUCCCCUUAUACCUAAAUUUUCAAAAAAUAACCUAAAUGUUUCCCUAAUUAUCAAAAUUUUUUCAAAAAAUUCAAAUUUUCUGGGGGGGCUAAGCCCCCCACUUUUACUUCUGGGGGGGCUUUAGCCCCCCUAGCCCCCCUGUUCCGCCGCCCCUGCCAUCUACCCCCUGGCCACGUAUUCAUGUCGAUUUUGCAAGACCAUUUCUUGCAAUGAUAUUUUUAGUGAUUGUUCACGUUCAUUCAAAAUGGUGAGAGGUAAUAAUCAUGCACUCGAAAACAACCACCUCCAAAACUGUCGAAGUCCGCCCUGCGAACAGUGUUUGCUCGAAAUGGGUUACUAGAACAACUGGUUAGCGAUUAUGGCCCUCAAUUCACUGCAUAAGAAUUCCAGCUAUUUCUAAAGAAAAACGGAGUUAAACACGUAACUUCAGCACCAUAUCAUCCAGCCACUAAUGGCUUAGCAGAAAGAUUCAUUCAAACCACGAAACAAUCUUUGACUUCAAUGAAGGAAGACCUUGGCUCCACGUAG